AUGUCAAGGUACAAUUAAGACAAUGUCCCUGAAGAGGUUUUGAAUCGUUUUCCUACUUUAAAGAAUCGUCCUCCUUCUAUUUCAAGAGUUUAGCCUUCUGUCUCAUAGCAAAUAACAGUUUAAUAGAGCGAUAGUAAAUAAGGAUAAUGUGAAAACUCAAAUGUAGCAACUUAAUAAUGUUCAGAUUAAAAGCAUAUUUUGGAAGAACUUCAAAAGAAAUUUCCUCAAUUCAACAGCAUAAAAAACUAAGUUGUGCUAGAAAAAUCUUAAGUAGGAGCUCCUCCUUUGCAAUAGUCUUCUAUAUUGCUAGUAAGCCAAGUUAAAUCUUUAAAUAAAGAAUUUGCUCCUGAAAAUCUUCCACUGAAAGAAUAAAUAGCAAUUAAUAAAGCAACUUGCUCUCUUUGUCCAAAUCAUAAAAAAACACAAAGCGGACUGUUUAAAGAUCUCCCAAUCAGCCAUGAGAGUCCUACAAAAAAGAAAUAUUUUUGA